AUGCAGUACUUCACUCUCGCCGUCUCCGCACUCCCCCUCCUCUUCUCCUCGGCCGUCGCCCAAACCUUCACAGCAUGCAAUCCCAUGGAACGCGAUGACUGCCCGAACAAUGCCGCCCUGUCCACGAACGCAACCUUCAACCUGACCAACAGCCAAUUGCUCGACAACAAGAUCUGGAACACAACUGCUGGUGCCCUCAACUGGGCUGAAAAGGGUACUGAAUUCACCGUUGGUGGCCGUGGUGACUCGCCAACUGUCGGCUCCAAGUUCUACCUCAUGGGUGGUAUCUUCAGCGUCGUCAUGAAGGCGGCAAAGGGAAGAGGUAUCGUCUCCUCCAUUGUCAUGCAGUCGGACGAUCUCGAUGAGAUUGAUUGGGAAUUCAUUGGCGGCAACAACACCCACGUCCAGACCAACUACUUCGGCAAGGGUAACCAGACCACCUUCGACCGUGCCAUCUGGCAUCCCGUCGACGACCCACAGAACAAGAUGCACAACUACACUGUCAACUGGACCAAGGAGAAGAUCGACUUUUACAUUGACGACGACAAGGUCCGCACCUUGAACUAUGGCGAUGCCAACGGUGGCAAGAACUUUCCUCAGACUCCUCUCAACCUACGCUUGGGUAUCUGGGCCGGUGGUGACCCAGAGAAGAACGCAAAGGGCACUGUUGAAUGGGCUGGUGGUGAGACCGACUUUGGCGAGGCUCCCUUCACCAUGACCGUCGAGUCUGUUUACGUCCACGAUUUCUCCGAUGCCAAGGAAUACGAGUUUGGCGACAGGUCUGGAAGUUGGGAGAGCAUCAAGAUGGUUGAAGGUCAAUCCUACGCCGAGAAGCGCAUCGCAGAGCCCAAGGGCAUCUCCGCCCACUGGAGGGCCCUCCCAGCUGGUGCACGUGUUGGUAUCGUCGCUGGCUCCGUCGCCGGUUUCGGUAUCGCCGUAUGUGCCCUCCUCUUCUUCUGCAUCAAGCAACGCCGUCUCGGUCGCCGCGAGCACGCCCGUCUUCUCGAGGUCGAAGAGAAGGAGACGCAAGACCAGAUGUACUGGAAGGACCGAAUCAACCACUCUCCCAACAAGCCGUUCACGGCUUAG